CCGCGCGUAGCUGCACGUCCGUAGUGCUACGCACGAACGCACCACGUGUGAGCUUUGUAUUUUACAAUCAAAAUGAUCGUGAAAGUGAUUUAAUGUACACGUGAAUUUUAAACUAAUUUUGGAAACUUUUUGGAUUCAUUUAAGGUGGAGGGGCAGCGCUCGCGCCGGUAAGGGGUGAUGCCGGUGCGAAAGGGGCUUCUCGCGCCCCAAAACACCUUCCUCGAUACCAUCGCCACACGUUUCGAUGGAACGCACAGUAAUUUCGUCCUCGGCAAUGCACAAGUCCCGUCAUAUCCCAUCGUGUACUGCUCAGAUGGUUUCUGUGAGCUGACGGGAUGGGCGCGCGCCCAUAUUAUGCAGAAGGGCUGCGCAUGCAAAUUCCUCCAUGGCCCUGAUACGCACGAAGACCACCGCCGGGAUAUUGACGCUGCCCUCGACUCCAAACAUGAACUCAAACUCGAACUUAUAUUCUACAAGAAAAUUGGGACGCCAUUCUGGUGCCUGCUUGACAUCGUUCCAAUUAAAAAUGAAAAACGAGAGGUGGUACUGUUUCUCGCCUCUUUCAAGGAUAUUACAAACACAAAGAUGGCCGCCAUGAACACUAAUGAAGACUUUGACAGCGGAGCCGCGGUGCGGCCGUCGGCUGGCGUGGUAACUCUAGCGUUGUCCCCAUUUGUACCCGCAGCGGCACUCUUGGGAGCCCGGUUCCGAGCUGAAUCUAGUUGCCUCCUUCCAGACUCCAAUGGCAAUCUUGACCCCGAAGCGCCAUCACCCGCUAACAUGGGGAGGCGGCGCUCCAGGGCCGUUCUUUACCAGCUUUCAGGACAUUACAAACCAGAUAAAAUGAAGACAAAAUUAAAACUCAACAAUGUCAGUAAGAAUUUGCUACACUCGUCCGAUCCACCGCUUCCAGAAUACAAAACGUCUGCUAUAAAAAAGUCUAAAUUUAUUAUCUCGCAUUAUGGCGUUUUUAAAACCUUCUGGGAUUGGUUAAUCCUAAUAGCAACGUUUUAUGUUGCGGUUGUUGUCCCGUAUAAUGCCAGUUUCGUUGACGAGGGACAUCCAAGAAUAAGCGUCACGAGCGAUGUUAUUGUGGAAGCACUUUUUAUUAUAGAUAUUGUCCUCAACUUUCGCACGACGUUUGUAAGCAAGAAAGGAGAAGUGGUGUCAGACUCAAAGGCAAUAGCUCUUAAUUAUAUACGAUCUUGGUUCGUGGUCGAUCUCCUGGCCGCACUCCCUUUUGACCUACUUUACGCAUCAGAUGUAUACAGUAAGGAAUCGACGCAUGGUAACGUUCACCUCGUCAAAUUAACACGUCUAUUGCGACUGGCCCGACUAUUACAGAAAAUGGACCGGUAUUCACAAUAUUCAGCUUUGAUUCUUACACUACUUAUGCUUUCGUUCACAUUAUUGGCGCAUUGGCUUGCUUGUAUAUGGUUUAUUAUAGCCGAGAAAGAGAUUGAGCAUCAUAAAAAUGAAAGUUGGGAUUUGGGAUGGAUCAACAAUUUAGCUGAGAGGUUGAAAAUCCCAAUAGGAAAUAUAUCGCACAGCGAGAGCUAUGUAACAGCAUUGUACUUCACAUGUUCGUCACUAACAAGUGUGGGUUUUGGAAACGUGUCUGCAAAUACUCUACCGGAGAAAAUCUUCAGCAUAUUGGUUAUGCUUGUCGGAGCUCUGAUGCACGCGGUGGUAUUCGGUAAUGUCACGGCCAUCAUACAAAGGAUGUACUCACGUCGAUCCAUGUAUCAAAGCAAGUGGCGAGAUCUGAAGGACUUCCUAACCAUCAACCAAGUCCCUAAGGAACUCAAGCAGCGCAUGCAAGACUAUUUUCAGACGAUGUGGUCUCUCAACCAUGGAAUUGAUAUACAUGAGACCCUGAAAGAAUUCCCUGAAGAACUAAGAGGCGACGUAUCACUACAUUUACAUAGAGAAAUCCUGUCUCUUCCCAUAUUCGAAUCAGCUUCGCAAGGCUGCCUCAAACUCCUAUCUCUACAUAUAAGGAACAAUUUCUGUGCACCAGGCGAAUACCUCGUUCACAAAGGCGACGCAUUAUCAUACAUUCACUAUAUUUGUAACGGCUCAAUGGAGGUGAUGCAGAACGAUAUGGUUGUUGCAAUAUUGGGAAAAGGAGAUUUGGUGGGUUGUGACAUGAACACACACCUGCAAGCCUACAACGGGACCGGGACCACACAGUCAAAUAACGCCGACGUAGUUGUCAAAUCAAGCAGUGACGUAAAGGCGCUCACCUACUGUGAUCUUAAGUGCAUUAACAUGAUUGGCCUCGCUGAAGUAUUAAGGUUGUAUCCGGAAUAUCAGCAAGAAUUUAUACACGAUAUACAACAUGACCUGACAUAUAACCUGCGGGAGGGCUACGAAGCCGAACAAGACUCUGAUGGGAAUGGUCAUCCAUCUCUAACACUGCCUUCGAUAUCUGAAGACGAUGAGAACGCUGCUGAGGAUCAGACCCUAUCACCUAAAAAGCCUUUAGUUUCCAGCACUAGUAGUCCGCGGCACGCGCGUUUCAGAUCGGACGGUCAAGCUCGAUUAUCACACAGAGAAUUACGUGAGAGAAUUGAGCGACAACGUUCCGUAGCAACACCGAAGAUGUCGAGAGCAGAUUCUUUGGAAGGUUUAAAUUUAGAAAUACGUUCGUCUGUAGAAAGACUCGAUACACAGGUGUCCAGUUUACAUCAUGACGUCGCCGCUCUGAGCAUGGAGGUACGAACGGCAAUUCAGGCUCUACAGGAAAUGACUGGUCCCGUGUGGCAUGCAGCUCAUUCCAAUCCCAAUUUACAGUGGAAUGCGCCUCCAAACCAGCUCGCUCGGAGUUGCAGUCAUCCGCCUGACGUAUUUUGUUGGGAUCAGCAAGAAAGGCCAAGCACCCCGGAACGGCCAAAAAUAAACCGAUGUACGCAAACAGAUCCUUUCUUAAACUGUGUUACACAAUAUAUCAUGGAACAUCCGGCCACGGUAAUGUUGCUCCUUGGCUUGGAUCCUAUGGCCAACCUGACACCAGUGAUGACGCCACCCGUUCCAUACUACGAUUCUCACGGUAGGCGACCAAGUGGCCUGGAACAGAUAGCGGAGUCAGAAAACGGUAGCCAGUCUCCGUCCAGUACUGUCGAAUCCUGUGCAAGUCCCACCGGAAGUGUCAAAUGCAACGUGCCAGAGACAAAAAAGUUUUCCGAUAAAGAUUCUAAAGGUAUAAGACGGAAUAGGUAUUCCGCGAGUGAUAUAUGUGAAGUGACUGAACGAUUGCUUCCGACAAAAUCGGCAAAUCAAAGUUCAUAUAGUCUAAAAAAUAAUAACUGUUAAGUGAUAUUCCAGUAUGCUCAUUAGUAAAUAAUUCAAUUCUCGGUGUUAGUUUUGAUCGAACGAUGUUUUAAUAUUAUCCAAACAUAUUUUUCUGUACAUAUCAGGUGUACUGUUGACACAAGCUGUUUAUUUGUCUAGUCAUUAAGAUUAAAUUUAUGUAUAUAAAAGUUCUUUAGAUGUGUUAAUACAAUAAUCCUUGAAAAUUGUUUAUAUAAACGAGUAUCUUGGUAAUAUUAUCUAUGAAUGCCAGUUGUUUUCUUCGACUUUUGUCACAUAUUGGUAGAGACGGGGAACUCUGCAAAAUUAUAUUACUGUCCUAAGUCACAAACACUGACUGCGCCCUGUGUAUUUUCUUUAUUCGACUGAUCUUUCUUGACAAGUGACAUCUGACAGUGUUCAUGAUUUCUCUAAAUAUUUUUAUAGAAACGGAUUUGCGCCAAUGCGCUUUAUAUUUAUAAAAGAGAGUUGUUGAACUGGCUCAGUAAGUUAGCGCCAUGCAAAGAAAGGGCCAUGCAGCGCGAUGGUGGUGGUGCUAGUUCUGUUGUUCAUGAACUGUAGACUAAAUAUUUGUGAAUAAUAAAAUAUUUAUUAUUAUUAUAUUAUUUUGACGUUUUUAUUUUCAAAAAAUUUAAUUGUACGUGUUUAAUAAUCACAAAUAGCUUCAGCGUCUAUGUGUCACAUGCAGUUCCAUCUGUGAUAAUUCGGCCUGAAUUGAACACACCAACUUGAAAUUUGAUGAUUAAAUCCGUAAUAAAAGAUAAAAAUUGAAGUUGAAUUAGUCUAUGGUUACCAUGACAGAGGCAGAUAUAAUCACAGCUGAAAUUAUUAGUAUGUUUGUUUUGUUUUUUGUACAUCGGAAUUAGCACUAAAACCUUAAAUAAAAAUUUAACUCAUCAAAAUUUCUUAAUGUGCCAAAUAUGGAAUAACGUCUUCCUCAACAAAAUAUAGUAUUAUGCAAGAACUGUGUGUUGACUACAAUUUAAAUUGUAUCUGUAACACAAGCCAAUAAAAGUUCCAUAAACAAUAUUAAUACCAUAGAUUCAAAACUAAUUUGAACUAAACAGAUAUGUAUCAGUUUCACAGUAAUUUUAAAAUUCUAUAGUGCAGUUUCAACGGUUGUCAAUUCUGCAUAAAUCCAUAUUAAUGUAAUGAAAUAUCAAUUAAAAUAUAUACGACUUAUUAAUUUGAAUAUUAUGAAUAUUUUCAGGCCUAAAUCACCAAAAUAUACGCCAGGUUAGCCUUUUUUAAUAGUUAUUUCUGCAUACAUAUUUUCACCUUCUUAAAUUAAAUUGUAAACUUGAUAAACUUUAAGAAUGAAACGCUUACUAGUGUAAAUAGUUUAUAUCUAUGUGUAUAUCUCUAUUAUAGAGUCAAUAAAUGUGAUAUGUCGAGAAAUUAUUAAAGAUAUAUAGUGCCUAAAUUCUUGUUUAUUACUCCAAUAACUUCUUAAAAAUACCACAUAUUUAUAAAAUUAAAUCAGUCUUCUUGGUUUAAAAGUUAAAGUCCAGACAGCGACGAUAGACUUUCCUAUGUUUUGGAAGACUUACUUGUGUAAAAUCCUACCUAAAAAAACUUGUACAAACCACGAAGCACUGUUUCAACAAAGUCGGAUAUUCAUCACAGCGUAAAUAGACAUAGUAAUUCAGUUAGAUACUGAAAACAGUUAAGCCGAACUGAUUUAGUUUUAUAAAUGUAUUUUAAAUAAUAUAUUUAUAAGCGGUAAUUGCAUAUCUUUUAACCUAUAUUUUUUGUAUAUACAAUUUGUUUUUCUCUCGUAGUACAAAGUAUU